GAGUGAAGGAAAUGUCGACUGCCAGGUCAGACUGACGAAGCGGGAGAUUUCCCAAACAGUGAGGAAACUCCAUGCUGUGUUGCAUAAAGUCAGUCGUUGCCUAAACAUACGGAGAGCGCUGUGAGUGCGAAGCCUGGCAGUGAAACCAGUCACGAAAAGGGGAAGAAAAGCAGAUUCAGCACUGUGCCAAAAGUAGGGAGGGAUCUGUCCAUUCGACCAGUCACAAAUCCUCGGGGACUUGCUGUCGAAGGGAGAAGAAGAUGUCUGAGAAGGUUCUGUUUGAGGAUAUUUUCAAGAUUUUGACCAGGGACCCUGAAGGAAAGAAGUUUGACAGAGCAGUUAUAGCGCUCUUUGGCUCAGGGCUGUUGUCGGCCUUGGUUGCAACCGAAGUCUUCUGAAGAUGCAGUCCUUUCCGCGGCGCUGCAUUGCAGCUGUGAUGUUUCUGAGUACAACACUUCUUCUUUGCUACAUGCUGCUCGAUAGCAGGGAGAUCGAGGAGCCGGAGUUGAUUUCACACGUUGUCCGUACGCACUUCGAGUCGCGGGUUCAAGUCCGAGCUUCCCCUCCCAUUUUGAUGGUGGGGGAGGAUUCUAUUGAAGGUGUGUCUGCCGCUGUAGCUUCUCCGUCUGCCGCCAGUGAUAGAAAGGGUGAUGGUCUUCCGCAGGCCCCGUCCUCCAUUUUACAAGAACGAGGUGAUUCUCAGCCCCUGGUUGCCCUGUCCCAAAUGUCGUGGUCCCUGCCUGAUGGGAGAUGUAGGGUUGAGGAUGCUGCUGCUGCUGCUUUCCCUGGAGGAGAAUUGCUCAACCAACGCCUUGUAUGGUGCCCAUCGCCGAAUAGGUAUUUGAUGAUGAUCUGUGGGGCUGGACGGAUGGGCAACCGGCUGAUGUGCAUUAUGAACUACAUGGUCGUGGCGGCCUUUUUGAACCGCACCCUUGUCUUCCCUCUUGAAGAGGUCGGACUGCCAUUUGGCGCGCUCCUUGAUGUCCCUCGUAUUCGGAAGUGUCUGGGGCCAUCAACGGUUAUCAGCCUUAAGGAGUUCCGGACACUCAGGCAUGCUGAUGACCAGGUGGACAUGAUGCGGUUCUUUGGUGGCUACAACCCGUCGAUCAGAAAGGGUAUAUCAAUCUUCAAGAACGCUACUGGAAUCACAAUUGCCAAGAGCGAACUUGCAACCGCCCGACAGAAGGAAGAAAGCACCGUAGAGUUCUUUCGGCAGUUCAGUUCGGAUGUAGAGGUGCUGAGCGUUGGCGAGCUGUUUGGGGUCAGGCUGUCGACGGAGGCUAAUGCUAUGCAGCAUGGUCGAGAGCCCUGGAGCACACCCUGCAAUGGAUCCGUCUUGCAACCUCACGAGGCAAUUGUUUCAGCGGCACUGAAUUUCACCCGAACAUUUCUUGGUUCGCUGUACACCAGUGUUCAUCUGCGACGCGGGGACUUCUUGAAGUUUUGUGCUGGCAGAGGGUGUUUCUACCCGAUCCCACAGCUUGCCAAAUGCCUUCGUAGACAAUUGGAAGCAAUUAAUGCAUCGGAUCUCUUGUUCCUUGCAACGGACGCAGAAGAGGAAGAGGUUGAAGAACUUGUUGUCCUGUUAGAAAGGGGCAAUUCACUGAUUAGGGUUGUGCGACUUUCCGGUGCCGGGGGGGAGAGCUCUCUUGAGAAAACGCCUGCAGGAAACUGGGAACGAAGUUUAACCGAAGAGCAGCGCCAAGUUCCGGAAGUUGUCGCGCUUGUCGAGUUAACUAUCUGCGCCUUUGCGAAGUCGUUCUUGUACUCUCGCAAUAGUACGUUUAGUCGUGAAAUACGUCGACUCCGUGCGGUUCGCUUAUCUUCACUGAGUUGGAAUCCGCGCGGCCUGCACAGCGGCGCAGAGCGUGGGGAUUGCCGCCAGAAGCUCUGCGAAGAGAUGCUGCCAACGGACACUUCGCGAGCAGAAGUCGAGCUUGUUCGUGACCGAUGACAGGCGCCCGAUUGAGUUUGACAAGUUGCAACUUCACCGGUGCGUUCCACUUUUGACCUCCGCUGUCUUGGGCGUCCUACCCAUGGUUGAUCUCCCCGUCUCGGAUAAAUCUGACACCACACU